UAAAUUGCCACCAUGUCGGAAAGCCAAUUUGGUUCUACCAGCGUGGACGUGGCCAAAGUUCUACAUAUUUCGUUUGCGGCUGAUCCCAACGGAAGUCUGGGCUGUACCUUAGUCCAUUGCGACAAGGCUGCGGAUAACGAGAUGUUCGUCCCAGGCUAUGCUACCAUCGGACGUCUGCUCGACGGAGAUACGGUGGCUCGAAAGUUUGAUGUGCAGGUCGGUGACUGUAUCGUGGCCGUAAACGGUGAGGGAUUUCGUCGCUUUGCUCCGGACUACGACACGGACAAGGUGGAAGUGCUGAACAGGGAAGGCGAAGAAGUCGAGGUAGAGCUGGACCACAAAGUUAUUUCGCCUGGAGACGCGUACGAUUGUCUUCUGCUAAAGAUUAAGACGGUCAAGUCUGCUGCGCCGGACCCACCUUUAAUUCUGACUCUGGAACGGUACAGUUGGGAUGCUCGGCCAAACUCGUGGGGACGUUUCUUGGAUGCACGCGACGGCAACGUCCCGGCCGCGAUGCAACUGAUGCAGGAUCAUGAGGCUUGGAAGGCAGCCCGAUUUCCGAUUGAUUUGAAAACGAGCGGAUUACAGAAAAUUCUGCGAGAAAAGGCCGUUUCCGAAAUCGAUGUUGAGUUCCUGCACGACUUUCCGCCAACGGUGUACGUGGAGUAUGGGAAACUCUUGAAUAUGCAGACAGCGGGGGAAAUUACUGCGGACGACGUGGUCGCCGCCUUUGUCAUUUUCACCGAACGCAUGUUGGCAAAGGCCAAGAAUCCACGCCACCCCCAAACCUGCCAAUUCAUAGAUUUGUCUGGUAUUGGCAUCACUUCUGGUCUUCGAGCCGAAACUCUGAAAAAGGUAUACAAAGUUUUCGAGCCCAAUUAUCCCGAGACACUGUUCAAGAUGGUCAUGUUUCCCGUUUCCACCAUGUUUGCAACAACGGCACGCACGCUGCUCAGUUUUGUGAACGAAAAAACGCAAAAGAAGUUUGUGAUUACGAACAGCCUUGACAAGGUCUGUGCGGAACUAGGAUGGAAUAGACAAGAAGUCGAAGAUUGUGGUGGGGUAACCGAAUUCAUGCGCAAACACGAAAAGGUCGGCGAUUCGUUGCACUUUGAAUAACGCAAUAAAGACAGUACACGAAGAU